AUGGCGUCUGCGCCAGCGUUUGUCCCCUCUGCCACGCACUACGCGCGGAAUCUUCGCCACUCAGCACCAGCUUCCGCCAGUCUCCUUACAUUCGCGCCCGCCGCUUGUUCCCCCGCCCCUACGGCGCGCGCGACGACGGCGCCCCGCGUUGCAGCGAUUGGCCGGCCGGCUGCGCCGACUCCGCGGUCGGGUCUUGCUUCUUCCGCGGAGGGCGCAGAUUUCCGCCUUUCCUCGGACAGGUGCCGGCAGGCAGAGAGGGAUGGCCGCUGUCCGCAUGCACCUCAUCGUCCCACUCCAGACUCACUCUCUCCUUCCUCUGCGCCGCCACCACCAACAUCGCCACUACCAGCGUCACCACCAGCUCUCCCACAAACCCCAAACCCCCCUCUCUCCAACCAAUCCGCAGCACCAGCACCAGCACCAGCACCAGCAGCAGUGGCAGCAGCAGCAGCACGCUUGGCAGCACGGACCCCGCUUUUCUCAUCUGCACCACCCCACCACCCCUGCCUUCCCCGUGCCCUACCCUCUGGCAUCUCAUCUCAUCUCCUCCUCUCCUAUGGCCAGCAUUGCUUGGGGCCUAUUUUAGAGACGAAUAAAAAACGGACAUCUGCACCUCUCUCCCCUCCCACCCCUCCCAUUCCAUCCUCCCCACCCUCCUCCCCUCUCCCUCUCCUCCCCACCCUCCUCCUCCCCUCUCCCUCUCCUCCCCUCCCCCUCUCCUCCUCCCUCCCCCACUCGCACGCUCCGUGUGUCCGUCCGUCUAACCGGUCAUGGCAGAUCCUCACCAGCAUUGCGCGGGAAGUGGCUCACAUUAGCCGCAGAGGCGUGCAGGUGAGCAGGAAUAGGGAGGGGGAGGGGGUGGGAGGAGCGGGAGGAAGGAGGGAAGGGAAAAGGGGGAUGGUGGAAGGGAUUGGGGGGGGAGGGGAAUGGCGGGGAGGGGAGAGAGAAGGGGAGAGGGGAAGGCUGGUGGCAGUGGUGGCAGUGGUGGUGGGAGGGGGCAACUUCUUCCGAGGGGCCAAGUGGUCGGGCGUCAGUGGGCUCGACAGGGCAUCAGCGGACCACAUAGGCAUGCUAGCGACGGUGAUGAACGGCAUAUUCCUGCAGGCGUCGUUGGAGAGCGAGGGCGUGGCCACGCGCGUGCAGACGGCCUUCCGCAUGAGCGAGGUGGCGGAGCCCUACAUCCGCCGCCGCGCCGUGCGCCACCUUGAGAAGGGCCGCGUCGUCAUCUUCGCUGCCGGCACCGGCAACCCAUUUUUUACGACAGAUACUGCUGCUGCGCUCCGGGCUGCUGAAAUCGACGCGGAGGUGGUGCUCAAGGCCACGAACGUGGACGGAGUGUAUGACUCAGACCCGCGCAGCAACGAGCACGCGCGCCUGCUGCCACUGCUCUCCCACCGCGAUGUCACGCUGCAGCAGCUGCGCGUCAUGGACACCACCGCCAUCACGCUGUGCCAUGAAAAUGGGCUGCCAGAUUUAUUCACGCUGGAGCAGCUGAGUGUCAUGGACACCACUGCUGUCACGCUGUGCCAUGAGAAUGGGCUGCCGGUGCCGGGUGAGACUCAUGAUCAUGCCCUGCCACGAGUACGGUACAAACUGCUGCAUGCCAAUCGUCACUGCCGCCCGCUCUCUCUCCACCUGUUCCCGCAACCACUCUUUCUCUCUCCCCGGCUCCCUGCUCCCGUCUCCCGCUCCCAAUGGCCUCUUCCAUUUCCCCUCUCUCCCCCUUUUCCCCCUCUGCCCCUCUCCCCUUUUCCCCACUCUCCCCCUCUCCCCCUUUCCCCCUCUUCCCCUCCUCCACCUGCCCCCUCUCCCCCUCUCCAUCUCCCUCCCUCUACACAGUGGUCGUGUUCAACCUAA